CUCUGCAUCCGGGUCAGCCGCGCCGCUGCUCCUACAGCUGCAUCCGUGAGCGGGUUACUUGGACUUGGGUCUCCACUGCUGUCCGAGGGGAGCGGGCUCCGCUCGGCGCUACCUUCUGCGACCUGGCCGUCAGCUCCACAUCGCCGGCCUGGAGGGGCGAAGAAGACGAGGGGGCCAAGGCUUCCUCCGGGGACGUUGGCUCUCUGGAUUACCAGGAGUUGGCAGUUGACAUUGAGUCCAAGCUGAGGAUGGAAGGUGUGGAACUUAAGGAAGAAUGGCAAGAUGAAGAUUUUCCGAUACCUUUACCAGAAGAUGAUAGUAUUGAAGCAGAUAUAUUAGCUGUAACUGGACCAGAGAGUCAUCCGGACUCACUAGAAGUUAAUGGAAAUAAAGUAAAAAAGAAACUAAUGGCUCCAGACAUUAGCCUGACCCUGGACCCUAGUGACGGCUCUGUGCUGUCAGAUGAUUUGGACGAAAGUGGGGAGAUCGAUUUAGAUGGCUUAGACACGCCAUCGGAGAACAGCAAUGAGUUUGAGUGGGAAGAUGAUCUUCCAAAACCCAAAACUACUGAAGUUAUUAGAAAAGGCUCAAUUACCGAAUACACAGCAGCAGAGGAAAAAGAAGAUGGACGACGCUGGAGAAUGUUCAGAAUUGGAGAACAGGACCACAGGGUUGAUAUGAAGGCAAUUGAACCCUAUAAAAAGGUUAUCAGUCAUGGAGGAUAUUAUGGGGAUGGAUUAAAUGCCAUUGUUGUGUUUGCUGUCUGUUUUAUGCCUGAAAGUGGUCAACCUAACUACAGAUACCUGAUGGACAAUCUUUUUAAGUAUGUUAUUGGCACUUUGGAGCUGUUAGUAGCAGAAAACUACAUGAUAGUUUAUUUAAAUGGUGCAACAACUCGAAGAAAAAUGCCCAGUCUGGGAUGGCUCAGGAAAUGCUAUCAGCAAAUUGAUAGAAGGUUACGGAAAAACCUAAAAUCUCUAAUCAUCGUACAUCCCUCUUGGUUUAUCAGAACGCUUCUGGCUGUUACAAGACCAUUUAUUAGCUCAAAAUUCAGCCAAAAAAUUAGAUACGUCUUUAAUUUGGCAGAACUAGCGGAACUUGUCCCCAUGGAAUAUGUUGGCAUACCAGAAUGCAUAAAACAGUAUGUUUUGUUUUAUUUCUUUAAUUGUAUUGGAUCUUUAUAUUUUGAUUGCAAGAGAGUUGAUCAAGAGCUUAAUGGAAAACAAGAUGAACCAAAAAGUGAACAGUAAGUUUGGCAUCUAGUCCAAACAAGACUGAAGAAUGUACUGAUGAAGCAAUGCUCUUUUUUUGCAUUUAUAAUGCAUUUAUUGGCCAUGAUUUUUAUGUAACCUGUUAAAAAAUUGACUUGACUUUUUUCUCAGUGGACUUUUGUAUAAGGGACUGUUCACUGCUGUAUUGGUUUGCAAAUCUCUUGAAUUUAGCUCUUUACUAGCUAUUGUAUUGUAAUCAUUUUAUAUUUUGUAUUGCUAAAAGCAGAGAACCACACUUUAUAUAAAGCAGUUUUUGCAUUUGUUUAUCAAACGAUGCAUCUUCUUCAGUAAAAUAUUUAUAUGCCUAAUUGGUAAAGGAAAGAGAUAAUAUAUAUUUUUAUGUUCCGAGCAAUAUUUUUUAUGUAUACCUGUCUUGUAGAAGAAUGUACAGGUAAAUAAGAAUAUGAUUUUGUAAAGUGCAUGUUGGAGUUUUUGUGUUUUGUAAAUGGUUAACUACAUUUCCUGGCUAACUUAAAAAAUAAAGUGUCUCAUGAAGUGAGGGACAGUUCAACUGGUCCUCAUGAAUACCCAAAGGUCAUAUACAUAAUCUAAGUAGAUUAGUAUCAUCCUAAGCUUCUUUAUCACUUACAACUUAUUUUUUCCUUAAUUCAGAAGCACAAAUAAAAGUGCAUUGCACACUUUUUCUUUUUUAAACUUAAAGACAAUUUAAAAAGCCAGUUUUAAAACUAGAGAAUUUAAGAGGCUAAGAAUUGAGGUAUAUAAGAAUAUAUGCAUAUGUGGGACAUUUUAUCCUCUGGCCAAAAGUCAAACCUUUAUAAAAAUCUUUGAUUUGUUCACUAAUGUGAAGUAAGCUGUGUCCAGGGUAUCACUCUCCUGAAUCUCUGUGAGUGCAGUGUACUGUUCGGAGAAUGUGUUGAGUUACUUGUUGUCAUCACUUUUCUAUGGAAAACAGGAACUGCUUUAUUAACUGCUCUCAGUAUGGGCAUUUUACCAAAAUACUCCCCUGUCAGUUAUUUGAACUUGAUAGGUGUUUGACCUAGUCAGAUGUGGUGCAUUAUUUUCUAGAUCUUAGAGCAUCAUUGUAUUAUACUAUUUUGGGUGACACAUUUGAUACAGGAUAUAAACUCCUUGUUUAUUUUAGUAAGUACCUUGACUCUAUGUUGAAAUAAAUUGUACUUAUGCCCCCAAACAGAAAUAAAUUUGCCCACACAAUCAUCCUAAGAGAACUGAUUGGUCUAAUAUUGUGUCAUAUACUUGUGUGACUCAUAUACAUUCGAUAAACUUAGUACCCUCCUAUUUGACAGUCAUACCACAUUCCAGCCCUUCUUACAAGGUAGUUUACAAAAGAGUGACCUGGAAGAGCAAAAUUAAAGUGAAUGAGAGCUCAGCUUUCAAGAUUUAUUCUAUCCUAGACUGAAGAAGACACAUGUGGCUUUUAGCAUUGCCAUUUUUAGUGUAAAGUUUCUGUUAUAAAAGAGAAUUUUUCUUUAUUUUUUGUUUUCUUCAGUCAACUUGGCGUGCUAACUUAAGUCCAAUUAUGGGAGAUGCUGGAGGAUGAGAUACUCCUCAGCAGCCUCCUGACUUAACUUGGAUCCAGCUAUAGGCAAAUCCUGAACUGAUGUCAUAGUGAAUCAAGUCCAAACCAUUAUCGCUUGCUCAAGUGUUAGAAACACUUUGUACUGAAAAAGUAAAUUAACAGUAACUUAAGCAUUCCUUCUGACCUCACCAUAUGAGGAGUAUGAGUGAAUGAAUUAAAUAAGAAUUUAAUUGUAAUUAGAGUCUAUAUUUGUAGAGCACUUUAAGUAGCCUUUUAUCUAAGUCUUCAUCUUGCUCAGAGUUAGCUCAGCUUUAUUAAACGGGUGGUUUUGCUCCACAUCAAGUACCCAAGUUCUUCGAUUUCAACACUUUGUGUUUAUUUACUUUUCUUUUUGAAAGCAUUGUUCCUAACUACAGAUACAACUUGUUUCAAAAUAUGGCGGGUUUUUCUAAAUUUUUUAAAAAGUAGAAUUAAUCUGUAUUCCAUUAGAACAUUAAAAUUCAGAGGGAACAGUGCUACCAGUGGGAUGUAACGAGAGGGAUAUGCUGUGAAUCACUAGAUUCACUGGAUACUUGCUCUAACCUACACCUUAACAGCAUCUGCCAUAGGGACAUGCCCCAUAGUAAAUGUUUCAUAAUUAUAAGACUUAAGAUCAUUACUAGUGGGUUACAAGAAGGCAUUUAUUGAGUUUAUUUGUAGCUCUGUGACAUUUUCCCCCAUAUCAUUCGAUUUUAAUUUUCCACUACGGAUUGAGGUCAAAGUACAUGUAUUUCUAUUAUCUUUCUGCUGGGGUCAUCAAUUUAACUUGAUGUACCUUUCACUUUUGUCUGUUAUAGUUGGGUUCUAUGUGCCUCUUUGUAGUCAUUAGUUUCUCAAACAAAGUUAUUUGUGUUCUGCUUGGUUAUACAUGUUCCUAAGGAGCACCAAGGAAAGAUGCUAUAUUGACCCCAUAGUUUAAGCUUAAGUUUGUAACUUGGGGCUGGGUGGGGGGUGCAGAUAAUAAAGAAAUGUACUCUUAAGUAGCGAGUAGCAGAUAGUUGGAAAGGAAGAGAACAAAACAAGGGAAAGAAAGAAAACUAGAGAGGUAAAGAGUUAGCUGUUAUCUAAAUGCCACUAAAUGUGCCCCUGCUACAUUAAGUACUGUGCAUGGCAGCUGUUGGUACCAUUUUUUGUAUCCAGCAGGAAAACCUGUAGGCUACACGCAGAAUAUAUGAAGGGGGAAAAGGCUGAUAAUACCUAUAAUGAGAAUUCAUAUUUUCCUCUGCUCUUUGUCUCUUCAUAUGGAAGCAAGUUUGAACAGAUGGCAAUUAUAGUGCACAAAUUAAAGUUUAGGACUAGGUUUUUUCAUACUUCGUGGUUGGUAAAUAUUAAUGUAGUCUUCCAAAAAUAGACAUCACUAUUUAGUAACUGAAUACUGAAAUUUGUUGAUUGACAGGUAUAUUUUAGCAGCUAGAAUUUCUUCAACUGCAAUUCCAAAAUUUAAAAAGGUAAGGGAUCUGGAUUUUGAUAGAGACUUUGUAAAAUGACUAUGUAGCAGUAUUGUUUGGCUGUUUUUAUGUGAGUGCUCAGGGAAUUUGAAAGUGUUUGAUUUAAUGCAGGAAGUAGCUUUUUAGAUUUUUUCAGUUGAUACAUAAAUUAGCAUUAGGAUAUAUCCAGUAGAACAGGCCAGUUUCCUGAUGAGACUGGUAGGCAAGGUUGUAUAUAACAUGACAAUUGCUUCAUCUUUCCUUUUCCUGUGUUAUGUGUAAAAAAUUGCUAACAUUGCUCAAUCGGAAGGGCAGAGGGGAUAGGCUGAAAAUAGAGAUUUCUACCCCAUUCUAUUUUCACGCCUAUGUUUUUCCUGUCAUACUGAGAUUUUUGCAAAAUGGAUGACAUAUCUCAGAAGGAUAGGAUGGGUAGAGAAAUUAAUAUACUUACAAGUUAGACCAAGUAUUCUGUUAGAAUUUAUCUUGUCAUAGAAAACAGGAAUUGGGUCAUUUAAGUCACUGUGAGAGAGUCAAGAAUUUACAUUUGCAUAGGAAAGUCAGCAGGUUAGGGAAGUGGGAGAUUAUCUACUCAAUGUUCUUAGUUCAGAAGAAUUAACCUACAGAGCUUUUUACUCCCUUCUUCCUGUCCCAAGAUUCUGAGUGAAUUAGAGUCAGAUCAAUGGUGAGUCCCUUGUGUAACUUUCCUUUAAAGUUCUAAAUGGUAAUUGAAAUAAGGUGAUGUUUUGAACAGUAAGGAGUGACACUAAAAUUUGAACAGAACUGUUACUUUGUUGUAACUGUAUAUGAUAGAUCUACAUAAUUUUUUGUAUUUUGAGAACUACUUUAAAAGGCUAUGAAAGUUCACAUAAAGCACUUAAUAGAUCAAACACCAGAUGAAAAUCAAGGUUUAAUGCUUUCAGAUUAAUAAAGAAUUAUAUUAAGAAAGCUGUUUGCUUCUGAUUCUGUCUUAAUAAGACAAUAUAAGACAUUUGCAUUUUGAAAUUUUGUUUCCAUAUUCAGUGUGACUUGGAAAAAAUAUUAACUAGCUACACCACUGCACUUUCUAUAUUACAGGCUUUCUAAAAUUAGGUCCCUUAAAUGGUUUCUUUAUAUACACCUAGCUAGUAAAUAUUGAUGGUGUUCACUGCCACUGACUUGCACAGCCCUUGGGGCAUCAUUCAAAUAAAACACAAUUCAGAGUUUGUUUGAUACUAUCACACUUUGAUAAAUACUUCAAAAAUCCAAAUAUUUUCUUACCAUUGGUUCACAUGUUGCCAUUAGACAAAAUUAAUGUACUGCGAUCGUUACUACUAUUGAGAUGAUGUUGCCUCAUUUAGUGCUUUCAUUUUACAGUGUGAGAAUUGAGUUCUGAUGACUGUGUGCAAGAUGUUUAUGUGGUCCCUGUAAGAAAUACUAGAGUUGGUCUUGAUUUACUAGAUAUGUAAUAUUUUAUUUUCCUUUGACUUGUUAGGAAUACAAUAACUUGUGUCCUGAUCUGUUGCAUAUCGUAUUUUUGCAACGUUAAUGAAUUUAAAUAAAUUAAUUGUAAAGUUU